GGUAAAAGUUGUGGAAAAUAAAGUUUUAUGUAAUUUGAAGUUUCUGUCACAAUGGGAGAGGAGAUAGCUUUGAAGAAAUAACACUCCUGUGUUCCUCCGGGGUCCUCCUGGGUUCUUCAUCUCUACUUCUUUGCUGUGGGAUGGAUUACCGCCUGAGCUGAUUCUUCUGCCCUGUUGGACCAGCCAGAGGAGACCCUGAUAACACAGAGACAGGGAAACUAGGACUGCAGGCCGACACCUUAGAGAGCAUUUUUUCUAAACUAAGGGGCAAACUCUGGAAAUCUUGGAGGUCCUGCUGAUCCAGAUCAUCAUUUGACUCUCUUCCUUCUUUACAGACAAGGACACAUCUCGGAUUGAACAAUGGCUUUGAUGCUGGUCAAGUUUGAUCUGAAAAAGCGAGUGAAGCUCGCUCAGACGGUCUGGUUCAUGUACUGGUUCGCUGUAAUGGCCGGCGUGCUGGUGUUCAGCAUGGGGCUGUUCUUUAAGAUCGAGCUGCGAAAGCGCUCAGAACUUAUGGACAACAACGAGAGCCACCUCUUGCCCAACCUGCUUAUAUUCAUGGGUCUAAUAGCUUGUGGCAUCAACGCCUUUGGAGGCAAAGUCUGCUACGACUCACUGGACCCUACCAAGUUUGCAAAGUGGAAGCCCAUGUUGAAGAUCUUCUUGGGGUUCUGUGUGGGGUUCAACGCCCUGCUGCUCCUCACUGCCCUGAUGUGUUUUGUGAUGAGGAUCCCUCUGCAGUUCACCCUGGCUGAGGGACUGAGGAACGGCAUGAGGUACUACAAGGACACGGACACACCGGGACGCUGCUACAUGAAGAGGACCCUGGACCUGAUGCAGAUGGAGUUUCGUUGCUGCGGGAACGACAACUACAGAGACUGGUUUGAGAUUCAGUGGGUUAGCAACCGCUACCUUGACUUCAGCGCAAAGGAAGUCAAAGACCGCAUUGGGAGCAACGUGGAUGGCCAGUACCUGAUGGAUGGAGUCCCGUUCAGCUGCUGUAACCCCAGCUCCCCAAGACCCUGCAUCCAGUUCCAGAUGACCAACAACUCUGCCCAUUACAGCUAUGACCACUACACCGAGGAGCUCAACGUGUGGAAGCGCGGCUGCAGUGACGCCCUGCUGUCCUACUAUGGAGGCAUGAUGAACACCAUUGGAGCCCUGGUGGUGCUGAUCACCAUGCUGGAGGUCGCGGUGACCAUCGGCCUGCAGUACGUCGACAGCUCCCUGUCCACCCUGGCUAACCCGGAGGACCCGGAGAGUGAGAGCGAGGGCUGGAUCCUGGAGAAAACAGUGAAGGAGACGUUCACCGACAUCAUGGACAAAAUGAAGGCUAUGGGCAAAGGCAGCAAGGUGGAGGAGGGGGGCGAGGUAGCAGUCGCGACAGUGAGCUGAGCUAACCCCUCCUGCAAAAACUGACACCACUCCCACCUGAAGGAGGAGAGGAAGGGGACUUGUGAGAUUGCUACUUUUUUCUACCAACAUUUAUUAUGUAGACGCUACCCGCAAACACAUAUUUGGCUAUGGACUCCUUUUAAACAGACUCCUUACAAAUGGACUCCUCGCAUAAAUAACACUGUAUAUUCAUACAUAGAGAGAGAUUAUGAGUAGAAUGAAUUGUUUUGGUUUUUAAUUUUGGUUUUCCCCAAACAAACCAGUUCCGACUUUUGAGAUC